AUGGACGAUUCUUUUUCUCCGGGAUCUUCUCGUCCUUCACCGUCGAUGCUUUCUCGGGAAGAUUGCUGGAGCGAGGAAGCGACCUUCACGCUAAUCCAAGCCUGGGGUUGUCGCUACGUCGAGCUUAGCCGUGGUAAUCUCCGUCAGAAACACUGGCAGGAGGUUGCUAACGCCGUUAACGACCGUCACUUCAACACCGGCCGUCACGUCUCCGCCGCUAAAUCUCAGCCGUAUCGCACCGACGUUCAGUGUAAAAACCGGAUCGACACUUUGAAGAAGAAGUACAAAGUCGAGAAAGCUAGGGUUUCGGAAUCGAUUCCCGGUGCUGGUGGUGGUGGUUACAUCAGCCCAUGGCCUUUCUUCUCCGCUCUCGAUGAUCUUCUCUGGGAAAGUUUUCCGACGUCUAGUACUCCUGAUUCCACUGAUAACCAGAGGCAAUCGCUUCCGAUGGCGAUCAUUCCAGUUCCCGUCGCUCCACGAUCGGCGAUCCCUAGACGUCCGGCGCCGGCGCCGGCGAUUAUGCCUAUCGGCGGUAACGAUUUGCUCGGAAUUCGCGGAAAUCUUAACGCAUUCGCGGCAGCAGCAGCGGCGGCUGCGUGUCCUGCGUCUGAAGAUGAUUCCGAUGGAUCAAGGUCCAGAUCGAGUGGCCGGAGCGGCGGUAAAAGGAAGCGAGAGAAGGAAAUUGAACGGAAUCAAGGCUACAAGGAAGUCGCCGACGCGAUCGAGAAGCUUGGGCAGAUAUACGAGAGGGUCGAGGAGAGGAAACGUAAAGAAAUGGUGGAGUUGGAGAAACAGAGGAUGAGAUUCGCUAAGGAAAUGGAAUGCCAUAGAAUGCAACUGUUCACUGAGAUGCAGGUUCGUCUUCACAAGCUCAGGCGUACCUCUGGUUCCCAUGGUCCGACUUCUUCCGCCUCCGCCGGUGAGACAUGA